UUUGGUUCCUCACUGAGAAAAAGAACUCAUAUUGAAGCUUCUCAACUCGUCUUUGUUUUUAGGUUCCAUCUUAUAAACAUGGUUUCUGAUUCUCAAGCUCCCAAGGGAGUUCAUGCAGAUGACCAGAAAUGGAAGGUGGAGGACGCGUUGCGACGAGCCAAAUGGUGGUACUCCACCUUCCACACAGUCACCGCCAUGAUAGGUGCAGGUGUCCUCAGCCUGCCCUAUGCCAUGGCUUAUUUAGGAUGGGGACCAGGAGCAAUGGUUUUGUUUGUAUCAUGGUGCAUGACUCUGAACACGAUGUGGCAGAUGAUUCAACUCCACGAAUGUGUACCCGGGACUCGUUUCGAUCGGUACAUCGACCUCGGCCGAUACGCCUUCGGUGAAAAACUCGGCCCCUGGAUCGUGCUGCCACAGCAGCUCAUCGUCCAGGUCGGAUGCGACAUAGUGUAUAUUGUUACAGGAGGCAAGUGUAUGAAGAAGUUCAUGGAGAUGGCUUGUGUGAACUGUGUCCAAAUCAGACAAUCCUACUGGAUUGUGAUGUUUGGUUCAAUUCAUUUUUUUCUUUCUCAACUUCCCAAUUUCAAUUCUGUUGCUGGGGUUUCUUUAGCAGCUGCAGUCAUGUCUCUCAGCUACUCGACAAUUGCAUGGGCGGGUAGCUUGAGUCGAGGGCGGAUGGAAAACGUGAGCUACGCGUACAAGAAAACGAGCGUGGAAGAUUCCAUGUUCCGAGUGUUCAACGCGUUGGGCCAAAUAUCGUUCGCGUACGCCGGCCACGCCGUCGCUCUGGAGAUUCAGGCCACCAUUCCCUCCACUCCGGCCAAGCCCUCCAGAAUUCCGAUGUGGAAGGGCGCCGUCGCCGCCUAUUUCAUCAACGCCGUCUGCUAUUUUCCGGUCGCCUUCAUCGGAUACUGGGCUUUCGGCCAAGACGUUGAAGAUAAUAUUCUUUUGAACCUUCAGAGACCCGCCUGGCUCAUUGCUUCUGCUAAUCUCAUGGUCGUUAUCCACGUCAUCGGCAGUUACCAAGUCUACGCCAUGCCUGUUUUUGACAUGAUGGAGAGGAUGAUGAUGAAGAGAUUCAACUUUCGUCAAGGAUUUUGCCUAAGAAUCAUCACUAGAUCAGCUUAUGUUGUAUUUACAAUAUUUGUUGGUGUCACCUUCCCUUUCUUCGGAGAUCUUCUAGGUUUCUUCGGUGGUUUUGGUUUUGCUCCCACUUCAUACUUCCUUCCAAGUGUGAUGUGGCUAGUGAUCAAGAAGCCAAAGCGAUUCAGUGGCAAAUGGUUGAUCAACUGGGCUAGCAUAUUUAUUGGAGUGUUCAUAAUGUUGGCUUCCACUGUGGGAGGACUGCGAAAUAUAAUAGCCGAUGCUUCCACUUACACUUUCUACACCUAAAAUUAUUAUAUUAAAUCAACUUUUCUUCUCCAUCUUCCUUUGGUCAUUCAUGUCUUCAAUUUUCGAGCUUAAUUAACCUCAAAUUUGUGAACUACUGGAACAUGUUAACUACCCCAUUUUAUUUUUGAAAAAUAAGCUUACGUUUA